AUGAAUACUUACAAUUUCACGAAAAUUUGUAUGCAGGAUGACACUAGUACAAUGAAAGCAAACUACACGAAAUCGGAAUCAAAUUUCCUUCAAUCAUGUGUUGCGAUUGGAAGUCUCGCAGCAUCCAUUCCUUUUUCAGUAGCUUUCCAGCAUCUUCCACAUAAACCUGUAUUUAUUGUUGCUGGAAUCAUUUCUGGAGUCUCCACUGGGUUGGUACCUCUUGCCAGUACUCUGGGAUACGGAUGGUUCGUGACUGCCCGUAUCUUCCAAGGAAUGGCAUUCUCAGCCACUUUUCCGUUAGCUGGAUCAAUUACAGCCAACUGGGCGACUCCUUUUGAACAUGGAGUAUUUAUUGGACUUCUCACUGGAAAUACUCAACUUUCGAAUAUAUUCACAAUGCCAGUUUCCGGAUGGUUAUGCUCUUCUUCAGGUGGAUGGACAUCUGUUUAUUAUGUUCAUUCUGGAGUCUCUCUUGUCACUUUCUCAUUGUUCUUCUUGUUUUUCAAAAGUUCACCAAGAGAACACAGUUGGGUUGGAGAGAAGGAAUUAGAGACGAUUGAAAGAGGAAAAGUAGCGAAGAAAAUUUCUCGUCCUAAAGAUCUUCCAUUCCGUCAUAUUCUAACAAGUCUCUCGCUAUGGGCGUGUUGGAUUGCCUCGUUCGGUGACCUGAUUACUGUACAAUUGGUGUCUCAAUUCAAUCCACAAUACAUGAAAAAUUAUCUGAAUUAUGAUGUGCUUUCAUCUGGAUUUCUUGCUGCUCUUCCAAUUAUUUUUCAGUUUAUCACAAAAUUGUCAUCUGGAAUUAUCAGUGAUAGAAUCAAAUUCAUAAAUGAAACAUUGAAAGCGAAAAUUUUCAAUACGAUAGCUCUGGCAGUUGCUGCCGUAUUCUUUAUUGUUUUGGCAUUCAUUCCGCAAGAAAAACAUUUAUUGGCAAUUAUUAUAAUGAUUUGUGCUGAGAGUGUAAUGGGUGCAAAUACUGCGGGUUUCAAUAAAUGUGCUACAUUGCAUUCACAACAAUAUUCAUACUUUUCAAUGCAACAAAUCAUGAAUAUCUGGGCAUGCACGAUAUUUAUUGAGCCGUUUUUUGUAAAUAUGAUAGUGAAGGAUAAUACAUUCAUCGACUGGCGUAAUUGUUUCCUUGCUCAUGCCAUUCUUCUUCUCUUCGUAAAUACCAUCUUCUGUUUCUUCGCAGACGCAUCUCCUGCCAAAUGGACCAGAUUGAAUAAUAAUAAUUCAGAAGACGUCAUUGUGGAAACAAGUGAAAAAGAGCGUUACGAUACGUUUGCAAUCGAAGAUACUAAAUUGUGA